GAGAGCUGAGAGCGGUGAGAGAGCAGCCAGGCACCGUGGGUCUGCCAAGGUAGGAGCACACUUGGGUCAGCCUCAUUGCUGGGCUGCAUCGAAGGAAGGUCCGCAGUGCCACCCAGUGUGGGUGCAGGCUGGCGCUGUGCUGCCCACUGCUUCAGCUGGUGAUGAUGAGUUUCCACGUGGGAUCACACCUCGUCCAGCACUGCGAGCGGCUGCGCUGACACUGAGCAGCUUCUGAGAACACAGCAGCACAGCUCAGACCAAUGCACAAAGCUCCUGGCCAAGGGCAUGGGGCGGUUGGGUCUCUGAGCCUCACACACCAACACCGGUGCUGGAGGGCCUUAAACCUUUUGAUUUCAGCCUCAGGUCAACCCAGUGAGGAUGAUGUCACCGCAUUGGAGCAUCGACCCCACACACCUACACAGCCACAGCAGUAAAAUUCAUGAAGAGCCAAGGCAGGUCGUGCCUGGAAGGAGGGGAAACAAAGCUUUGGGGCAGGGGCAGCGCUGAGCUCACAGCCCCCAACACACACUAGGAUUGGGGCACCGGGGCCAUGGAGAACAGCUCCAGCUGCUCCACCAGCACUGACCUGAAACCCUACUACGCCAUCACGUACGCAUUCAUCCUCAUCCCUGGACUCAUAGGAAACGUGUUGGCUUUGUGGGUUUUCUACGGCUACAUGAAAGAGACGAAAAGGGCCGUGAUAUUUAUGAUCAACCUGGCCAUCGCCGACUUAUCCCAAGUUUUAUCCUUACCCCUGAGGAUUUUCUACUACUUGACGGGGACAUGGGAAUUUGGGGGAGGCCUCUGCAUGCUCUGCUUCUACCUGAAGUACGUCAACAUGUACGCCAGCAUCUUCUUCUUGGUGUGCAUCAGUGUCCGCCGCUUCUUGUUCCUGAUGUACCCCUUCCGAUUCAGCGACUGUAAGCGCGUCUGCGAUGUGUACAUCAGCAUUGUGGGCUGGGUGGUGGUGUGUGUUGGCUGCCUGCCCUUCCCCUUGCUGAGGCUCACUCAGAACGCCACCAACGCGUGCUUUGCGGACCUGCCCGUGCAGGAGGUGGACCUUCCCACCUCCGUCAUCAUGAUGACCAUCGGGGAGCUGGUGGGCUUUGUGACGCCCCUGCUGAUCAUCCUGUACUGCUCCUGGAAGACAGUCUUAUCGCUGAAGGAAAGGAAUUCUGCUUCACCCGACCUCGGGGAGAAAAAAAAGGCUCUGAAGAUGAUUCUCACCUGCGCUCUGGUGUUUCUGAUUUGCUUCGCGCCUUACCACAUCAGCUUCCCCCUGGAUUUCUUCGUCAAAACCAAAAAGAUUAAGAACUGCUGCAUCCAGGAGGUGAUCUCUGUGUUCCACGCUGUUGCCCUCUGUCUCGCCAGCCUCAACUCCUGUGUGGACCCCAUCCUUUACUACUUCACCACGGAUGAGUUCCGCAGGCGGCUGUCCAGGCAGGAGCUGCAGGACAGUGCCCCACUGCACAGCCACGGCCAGCAGCACAUGCAGGACACACUGCAGGACAAUGUCCCUCUGAGUGCUCCAGGCCAGCAGCACACCCAGGGCACACUGCAGGACAAGCCCACUGAUUGCUAGCACAGUGCCUGUGGUUUUGGGGUUUGGCCACUGAUUUCAGAAAGGAUUUGAGCUUUAAGAAAGAAAAAAAAAAAGACAACCUUGAACAACCCACUGUGCUUUAACAUUUUGGGUGAAGAUUUUCCCUGUAUAAAUAACCCCAUGUAGUUCCCCAUUCCUGAGCUGGGCAGGCAGGAGCAGGACACAGAGCCAUGCUGUCACCCGGCCAUGUCACGGCCACGCCAGCACCACGCAAGGGACAGCAGAGGUUUGCGGGGCUUCCCUGUACAGAAUUUGGUCCGAAAAGUGAGUGUAUGGCCCAGUGGUGUAUCUCUCCUGAAGCAAAAGGCCACAAAGCAAUGCAGUUCAUUUCUAUCGGGUGCCCAGAGCCCACCUCAUGCCAUGCUGACCACAUCCAGGUGCCUAAUGGCCCUGCUGUGCCAACAGUUACCCAGGCAUCCCUCCUGGGGGUGCACCAGAUGACAGUUCCCCAAAUCACAAUGUCCCUAGAGUGUACAGACACUAUUUUUCUACCCUCAUUUUGUUCGACUGCCAGUUAUUUUUCUACCAUCAGUUUAUAUCCAGAUCAGGGGGAGAAGUAGCAGAACACCACCAGCAAAUCCCAAAGCCCUCUUAGCUGCCUAUGAUAAGCUUUAAGCAUAGAUUCCUGCUUUGAGAGUAUUCAUUGAGACUCCAUUAAGCCUCCUGGGUCCCUUUUUUCCCCCCAGGAAUGGGACAAGUGGCUCCGCACCACUGCACUACCAUCAGCACAGCACUGAGCUCACCCUGAGCCCAGCAUCCAACAACUGCAAUAUUUGAGCAACUUCCUGUAGCCUCACGAAGGCCAACCCAUGAAGUUCAGGCCCUUAACCCCAGCCUGGCUGAGAUGCUGUCAGAGGAACCAAAGCUGUCUGAAGCUUUAAGCAAUAGGAACCCACUCCUUGCCGAGCCACAGAACAGGCUGAGAGAGACUUAUAAAGAAAUACUCAAGGGUUGGAGGAUUUCUAAUGGUCAUCACUUCCAAAAACUCAAGCAACAGCAGCUUUGUGCUCAUCUGGCAUUUCGUUUGCACCUUCCUGUAGAACUGUUAUGGGAAUAUCUGAAAUGUUACGUUUUUGAAACAUAAAAAUACUGUGACAAUACGAAGGCUUUAUUUAAUGGUAAUGCUGUUUUAUAGAUUUAACUUAUGAAAACAUUAAUAUUUUGUAGAGAAACGAUGUGAAUCCCAUUUCUUUGUUGUUUUAGAACCCUUCCAUUUAAUAAAAGAGAACCCCACUGCCA